AUGUCCAAGAGACACUACCGGGCCUGGACUCCCAGCAAGGAACAGGACUAUCCAUCAUGGGUAGUAUACUAUCUCCAUCUAACCUGGCCGGAGAGGGCUCGGAAAUAUUCAAUCAAGUAUAAACCCAGAAUAAAAGAAUCUCUGUGGACCAAAUACCAGCUUCUGGAGAAAGACAUAAGACAGCACUGCUAUCCAAUAUGCAAGAUACCAUCGCGGCUCAGACACAAUCCAAGCCCUCUAAGAAUACGGAUGAUAAGGUUAUUAACCUCUACAUAUGUCGCCCUUCCGCAGAACCACGGUCAGACCGCACAGUUGAUUCAGGGUCCGAAAUCAACCGUCCAGUCCCUAGCUAAAUGUGCGCACCGUCGCGGGUUUAAGACACAUUGGGUUCAUAAAGCAUACCCCAUACAGUGGUUAAAGCAGUCCGAUGUAUUGACAAUCUUCUUUAUUGCAGGCAAUGAGAAAGACAAUGGAAUACCGUCGCGGUCGUUGAAUGCACCCUCCAAAAUCGAUCUGCUGUGGCAGUUAAUAUACCACGUCUCCGGUCGCACGAGGCAGUAA